AUGGACGCUGGCGGUCUUGCUCAGAUGACUUACAACAACAACUUCAAUAAUGGCCCCUCCCUCGGCGUGCCAGGAUCGGGUUUUGCUUCCCGGGGCAAGGGCUCUCACAUUAAGCGCUUGAGUGUUGCUACAAUCGACGAAUCCCAGCCCUCGGUGUCCACUCCGCGCACAAGUCGCUCGCACCUCCUCGCUGGUCUACGCACCGCUCCCCGUUCUGCGACUAUUCCUUAUCAACAUCAGCAACGCAACGGGAUGGACGAAUCUCGAUCCCACGGUUACAAUAACCGAAGCUCAGACCGUGUACCUCAAACUGCCACUGGGGCUGGAUUCCCGCAAAACGCUUAUGCCAACGGCCAGAGAAUGAGCGGUCAUACCGGGCAUGGAGGAAACACUAGACAGCGAGAGCGUCCGAUGUAUACCCUGCCGGAGCAGGUGCUUGCGCCUCCUACGAUCGAAAUACCCACCGACAAUGGCAUGGAUGAAAAUAUGUACGCGGAAUGGAUGUCGACCAAUCUCUUUCUAGCAGCUCAGCAGCAGCGUUUGCAGCAGCAGUUGAUUAGUGUCACUGCCGCAGCUCAGCAGUUCCAGGGCCUCAGCCUGGGGCAAAUGCCUUUCCAGCAACAGGCUGCCCCUUCGCUUGCUAUGCCUGGUGCGGGAUUCUAUCAGCAACAGCUGCAGCAGGGCGUCCAGCCUAUGGUGCAGGCUGUACCCGGACAGCCAGGCUUGUUCUUGGUCUAUAAUCCUUUGACUGGCCAGCAAAGCUAUAUCAUGGACAACAGUGGCGAGGAGACCGGCUCGCCGUAUUCGGACAACUACUCUGUUGGCCAGCAUCAGCAGGUUCCCCAGUUCCGUGCCGAGAUCUCCCCACCUGCGGAAUCCCUUCCUUCGCAAAUGUACUUCCCGCAGCCCAUAUCUCCGCCUAGUGGCACACCUUCCCCGCCUACAGAGUCGAAUGCGUUCCGUCGCAAUCACCGCAAGAAUCCUCCCUCCAACCCUGUUGUGAAGACGAGCAUUGAUACAACUAAGGCCAAUAUCGGACCUGGACCUCGAUCAGCUGUGCUGCCGCCCACUCCUGCUACUGGGACUUUCGGACCUGGUCAAGCUCGAGCUGGUGAGCACCCCAUCCGCCAGCCCCGUGGACCUCCUUCGCUCGAAGACCUUGUGGCCAAGCCAACUUCCAAGCACGAAGGAAGCAAGAACUUCGCAACCCGGCAACGCCGUCGUGCCGUUCACAAUCUCGUUCGUGCUGGAAUUGAGCGCCGGGGUGACUCCCGUAGCAACGGCUAUAACAGCAGUGGAGGCACCAACACUCCUGCGAGUGAGAACGAGUUCACAUUCUCUGACGGCGAUGACGCGACCGUUCGCAGUGGCAGUCUUUCUAGCAAGCCUAGUCUCGGCAGUCUGCGCGCCGCCGCCAGCGGUGCUAUCGGAUCCGAGCGCAAAGAGAAGACUGGUCGCGAGCGCAAAUCUCCCGACAGUCCCUUCCAAAGCGAAACACCCACUAGCGAAGACGGCUAUUUCGGAUCAAAGCUUGCGGAAAUGCGCGCGGAAAACGUCUCCCUUCCCAGUACGGCGGCUUCGUCACCCUCUGUGGCAGCUGUCGUUGCCGGCCAGGGCUCCGCCACUCAGGCACCUGAGCGCCGCAAGACGCCAAUGCUUGUGCUGUCUAGCGCGGAAAAGCGCAAGACACCCAUGUAA